AUGUCCGACCUUUGUCAAAAAUUCGAGAGGGAUGGUUUCGUGGUGAUUGAGAAUGUGUUCAACGAUCAGGAAAUCGAGGAAAUGAAGGGUGCAAUUGGCAAAAUUGUGGAUGAUAUGAAUCUGGCGGAGCACCCAAAGAGCGUGUUUUCAACGUAUGAUGAGGAUAAGCACGCCGCCGACUCCUACUUCCUCAACAGUUCCGACAAAAUUCGAUUCUUCUUCGAGGAAGGCGCCGUUGACAAGAACGGAGAGCUUACGGUCCCAAAAGACAAGGCUCUUAACAAAAUUGGACACGGUCUGCAUUUCCUUGACCCAACAUUCAAAAAGAUGACAUUCAACACCAAGAUUCAAAAAAUCUUCAAGGAAAUCGGAUACCAGGAGCCAGAAGUCGUUCAAAGUAUGUAUAUUUUCAAGCAGCCGAAGAUUGGAGGAGCAGUCACUGACCACGUGGAUUCUACUUUUCUUCGAGUGGACCCAAUUAAUCAUCUGACAGGGGUGUGGAUAGCAAUAGACGAGGCGAGUGUGGAAAAUGGAUGUCUUUCGUUCAUUCCGGGAAGUCAUAAAGACACCUCCACCUCCGACUACCGAUUCGUCCGAACCCAUGAGACCACCGGUGGCCCACUCCUAAAAUUCAUUGGUACCCGUCCAACCUACGAUCAAUCCAAAUUCCAACAUGUCCCAAUUUCCAAGGGAUCCUUGAUUCUGAUCCAUGGAUUGGUUGUUCAUAAGAGUGAAGCCAACACUUCGGAUAAGUCACGUCAUGCCUAUACGGUACAUGUAAUGGAGAGGAAGAAUACAAAGUGGAGUGGGGAUAAUUGGCUUCAGGAGACGGAGGAUUAUAAGUUCCCUAAUUUGUAUAAAGCUUGA